GGAAGAAUUCGUUCUUUCCCUCAUGUUGAAGGCAAUUAUGCUGGUUUCGUUUUCGUCUCUCUGAAGCAGGUACCAGAACUACAAACACUAGCGAUGCAGGUCUUUGACAAUGCCAGAAAAAAAUUGCCGAGCGAGGUAGUUUUGCACAGGAUCACCCUGGAUGAGAUGCACAUCAGCCUCAGCCGCACGCUAGUGGUGAAGAGGCAUCAGAUACAGCCGCUGGUGAACAGGUUGCGCAAGGCUCUGCACUCAAUCCCCUCGUUCCACAUGAAGAUGUCAGCGGUGGAGCUCCUCAGCAACGAAGAAGGAACCCGCUCCUUCGUUUGCAUGACGGUCAGGCCUGUCGAAGACGAGAUGCUAAAGAUAGUGAAAACUACCGACGAAGUCCUGCGAAGCUUCAAGCUACAGCCCUAUUACGAAGAUAUGCACUUCCACGCUUCUGUCGCAUGG